UAAAAUACAGAUCUCGUCUAAGUCUCGACUAAAUUCUCACUCCGACAUUCCAAAGAAGAUAUAUACAUUUAGAGGUCAUUUGUUUCAAAAAUGGCACUUUCCAAACCGAAAAUUCCUGGCACUGCCCAACACUUUCUAGAGUGUGGUGUUGAAGAUUGUGAGAGAAAUUGUGAAUUCUACUGCAAUUCCUGUCAUCAACAGAUGUGUAAACAAUGCAGGGACCAACAUCUGAAGAUUUCAGAAAAUGAGAACCAUGAGGUGGUCCUUUAUCAACUACGGAAACAACAACUUCCUGUGCAGAAAUGCAAGAUUCAUCCCACUAAAGAUAUUGAUAUUUUCUGCAAGGAAUGCAAUAUCCCUUUAUGUUCAAAGUGUGCUACAAUGCAAGAACACCAGGGGCAUCAUUUUACUGAUUUAGAAACUAUCUACACAGAUAAGUUUAAAUUAUGCCAAAAGGAACUCUCUAAAAUCCAUAAUUACUUUGUUCCUACAUCACAGGAUUUACAGAGAGAAGUUCAGGAAGAUGCCACAGAAGUUCAACAGAUCAUGGACAGCAUACGGACAUCCAUGAUGGCUGAAGCUCAGUCUCUCAAAAACAUGGUGGACACAGUGCUCUCAGAAAAUAUGGAAGAAUUACACCAAAUAGAGAAGUCAUUAUUGGAGAAAUUAAAGAGCCAAGAGAAGACAUUUGAUGAUUAUAUUGCCUAUCUCAGUGACCUUGUUAAAGAGUUCCAGAGUUACCUGUCCUCUACUAAACUUACUAACUUCACAACUAAACUUCCAGAGAACUUACAAAUAAAAUCCAUACCAGAAACCACAAAACCUGUCAAACCAGAAUUUUCCUCUGCUCAAUACAGCAAAAAAGAUGUUGCUAAAUUACUAGGGAAGAUAACUGAAACAAAUAAAAAGGAAACAUUAAGAAGAGUAGAGCCCAUGGAAACUGUUUCUUUUUCUACACCAAUAAAAUCUACAAGUGAACAAGAUAAAGACGUGAAAUCUGACAAGAAACAAACAAUGUCUCUAUCUGCCUCUGUCACCAAGGUCAGGGAGAUCAAGGUACCAGGUGUUAAUGAUGUAUUCCAUGUAACACUAGAUCAAUCAGACAGACUCUGGAUCAGUGACAACAAGGGCAAUCUUGUCCAAACAGAUCUACAGGGGAAUGUGAUACAGAAGAUAAAAACCAGUGGUAGAGAUCAAGGUUAUCACACAGUCACACAGGACAGGGAUCUAAUCUUUACAGACAAAGGCAAGAAUGUCAUCAAUAGAAUAACACAGGAUAAUAAUAUCACAGAAUUCAUUAAAACUGGAGACUGGGAACCACUCAGCAUACACUCCUCCCACAUCAACGGGGACUUACUGGUGGGGAUGAUGACAGAAGGAGAGGCUAAAGUCACCAGGUACAACAAGACAGGAAAAGAACAACAGAACAUACAGAGGGAUAACAAAGGACAGGGACUGUAUAGUAGUCCACACUACAUCACAGAAAACAUCAAUGGAGAUAUCUGUACAUCAGACUAUGAUAAAGGAGUAGUGGUGGUGAAUAAAUCAGGACAACACAGGUUCUCCUACACAGGUCAGGAGUCAGGGUUCUGGCCCUAUGGAAUCUGUACAGAUGUCCUCGGUCACAUCCUGGUGUGUGAUGGAUACUUUAUAAAUAACAGUGUUCAUCUCCUUGAUCAGGAUGGACAGUUCUUGUCUCUAUUACUCACAAAACAACAAGGACUAUCCCUUCCACGUAGUGUGUGUGUGGAUAAAGAGAACAAUCUCUGUGUGGGACAAGUCUCCAAAAAUCUGACAGUUUACAAGUAUCUAAAGUGAUUAUAAUUCUAUCAGUUGUACAUAAUCAUAAAACUUCAAUUUGGGAUUUCCAGCACUGAAAUGCAUAUCCUGAAUAGUGUUCCUUCUGUUGAACAUUAUACUGAACAAAUUGUACAUAUUGUAAAUUAAAUUCAAUGGAAUUGAUUGCAUAAACACUUCUUUG